GCGUCUUGAGAUCGACUCUCAUGCUCAGCCCAAAUUUCGUGCAGAUUUAUUUCCAAUGAUAUUGUUUGGACCAGACAGCAACUGAAGACAUGGAGACCUUCGCGGCCCGCCUCGCCAGUUUCGAUACUGUUAUAUAUCCUGAGGGAAGGACGUCUGGCGCAAAGCAUGCUCAGUCAAUAAGUUGGCCAUAUGACAGGCCUUCUCCCACUGAGUUGGCGAAAGCCGGGUUUUACUAUAACCCUUAUACGACAAAUCCCGACAAUACAACCUGCUUCCUCUGCAACAGAGCUCUCGAUGGAUGGGAAGAAGACGAUGAUCCGACGACGGAGCACCUUAAACACGCAGGCGACUGCGGAUGGGCCAUUAUGAUGGACAUCCUUCGGCGCAGUAAUGAUCCAGAUGAGAUAGAAGAUCCAACAAGUGAUAGGAUUGUGGAAGCGCGGCGGUCAACCUUUGCCACGGGGUGGCCACAUGAGGGAAAGCGAGGAUGGGUGUGCCAAUCGGAGAAGAUGGUUGAAGGAGGAUGGUACUUUUGUCCCAGCGAAGAGGGUGAUGAUUUGGCUACUUGCGCCUACUGUAAUCUCUCUCUUGACGGUUGGGAGCCCAAAGAUGUUCCUUAUGAUGAACACUAUCGACGUUCUCCAAAUUGUGCCUUCUUUGCAUUUGCUCGACCCCAAGGCAAGAAGACGAAGGGUUCACGGUCUAAGAAAACUCGUGGCUCCAAGACCUCUCGGCUCUCGAGUCAGUCGGUCAGCAGCGUUGUCUCCGAAGCACCUACUGUAGAUCUGGAUGAUGGGAUGGACCAGAGCAUAAUGUCCCAAUCGAGCACUAAACCAAAGGCUUCGAAGAAGCCCUCCAAGCCCAGAGGGAAGAAGACGAAUAAAACCGACACAGUAGACGCUGACAGUCAUAUAUCUAUGGAAUCUACGGAUCCCAGGCCAGAAGGUCCUCGAACAAAACGCACAACAAAAGGAAAGAAGAGACCAAGCGAUGAGGUAGAAAAAGAUGAGUUGGAUGGAGUUAAUUCGGAGAACCUCAGUCAUCCAGAGCCCCCUCUGAAGAGGAGGGCAACAAGGAGCCGCAGCAGUGCUAUCCAACAACAAUACAGUAUUGACGAGAAUAUGGAUAACUCUAGAAUGACGGAAGUACAGGGUGAGCCUCUAGCGGAGGAAAAGCCUAAAAAGAACCGGAAGACAACAAAGAAGGAUUCGUCUUCUAAGACUAAAAAGGCAUCGGAAACUUCGCUUUCCAACAAGCCAGCUUCUCGCCCGCGUUUUCUUGGGGAUUCUGAACUUGACAGGGAGCUUGAAGCUGACCUAGAACUUGAAAAUUCCCAUGCCGAAGAACAAUCCGAAUACACCGUGAAUAAACCCAGCAAAUCAAAAUCCAACAAGGUAUCGAAAACGGCUAUAGAAGAAUCUGCAUCAGUCACAGAUGCUGCAGCUGAUGAUGAACAAACUAGCAAAGGAGGGCAUGACGAAAUUGAAGUGGAGAAAACUGAAUUGCCUCCUAAGAAGACGAAAUCGAAUAAAGGAAAUAGCAAGCAGAAAGCCGCAAAGAAGCCAAAGGAACAGACGGGUUCGAACAGAGAAGCAUCCGAGGCGGGAACAUCACCUCGACCAGAUGCAGAUAACGCAGGAACUAAUUAUGAUCGUCACGACUCCUUCGUAUCCGUUGAAAUAAUUUCAAGAGACCCGCUGCGCGAGCCGACUGCGGAAUCCAUCCACGAGGAUACUACAGAGGAGACCCAGAAGAAGAGGUCUUCAGCCGGCAAAGGAAAACAGGCAAAGAGGCCGACUGAAGAGGGCGAAUGGACUCGGGAAUCUUCAGUGCCAGGUGACACUGGAAAACGUGAGUCGAGAGGCAGUAUAAAGAAGCAGAUGUCUGAAGAAAAGAAGGAUAAUGUACCCAAGCCUGAACAAGGGGCUCAAGAGCCAGAGGAAGAAAACGUCGUGAAGCAAUAUCGGCAUCGUCGAUCAUCAAAAGUUCCACCGAAGACUGCAGAGAGGUACAGUGACCUUCCUCAGGAACAACAUUUCGCGGACUCUAUUGCAAGAAGCCGCGUCUCGAAUACCAACGAUAGAGUUGGGGAGACCAGCAUCUUCGCCGACAGACUGAGUACCGUAUCACCACUUCCUCCAGGUUCUGCAACCACAAAGUCUCCGUCUCAAUCAUCUGAUGCAGAAAAUCAUCCACCAUCUGUAACGUUUUCAAAGGCCUCUGUGUCACGGACUCCCUUUCUAUCAUCUCCUGAGCAGCAGAAAGUAUGGAUUCCAGUGGCUGCAGGUACACCAUCGCCAUCGAAACGCAUUGCCAAUCCCGGUCAUUUGCAAACGUCAUAUCCGUGGAAACCAAUUGAUAUCGACGAGAUGCUUUUCGCAGGCGCCAGUGACAAGGAAAAUGAAGAUAUAGACGGAAUGCUAAGCGUGAAAGGGAGUCUCUCAAGCCCUGAAAAGAGGAUGACAGUUGAAGAGUGGAUUACCUGGAAUGCAAAAAAUGGCGAAGAGCGACUCAGACGAGAAUGCGAGAGGCUAGUAAGCCACUUUGAAAGAGAGGGGGGACGAGCUCUACGGGCACUAGAAGGGAUUGAAUGCAUUGAUUGAUCUGAUUUUGUUGGCGUAAGGGCGCAUUGGGAAUGGCGUUGCGUUGCACUGGAUAAGAUAUUCCUCGAUAAUUAUCAAUAUGGUAUCUGAGAGGCAAGCUGGCCGACAGCAUAGCAAUAUAUGAUGCUUUUUUCCUGUUCCAAAUGAAAAAAAAAAAAAAAAAAGUUUACCGAAACGCCAGGGUAUAAUGACAUAGCUCCUUUCUUUUCCAUCCAGCCGAACCAAAAAGAUGAAAACAAUGUGCAAAGCGUCAAGGUCAUGCGAUGAUUCCCAGUCGUCCUUCCCAGCCAUCUUCUUCCUUCUUAAUCCCAUCCUGGCCACCCUUGCGCCGUUUCUCGUUGCGCUUCCUCCUCUUCUCCUCCCGUUCUUUGGCCUCUAUUUCCUCCCUUUCCUUCAGUCUCUGACCAAGAUCGAGCUGCCACGCCCUCCUCUCCUCUUCCUCAUUAACCCGCUUUUGAUGCGCCAACAUUCUCAAACGCAUUCUCACAUCUUCCAGACUCGCCUUCACCACCUCCCCACUUUGCCCCGUCGCAAUCAAAUGUUGUUUGCUGUUCAGAUGCUCCACGAACUGUAGAUUAUCCUUGAACGUAAGAUCACAGUCGGAACAGUAGAACCCAGCACCCUUCCCUCUCUUCCCCACAGCCGCGCCCGCUGCAACAAUCGUCGUCUUUCCCACCAUCGACGCUACAUCGAGUCGCUCUCUGCGCGAUGACGUUGCCUCCAGGGAACUGUAGUCGACCGGCGCAUGGUAUUUCUUCCCGAGAAGCUUUGCCUCGUAGCGGGCUUUCGAUUCGGCUUUGCGCUUUUCUUCUUCUUCCUUGGCCUUUUUGGCGUAUUCUUCUCUGUCCCAUGUUUUUCUGAAGGACGUGUCUGAGGUCGCGGCGGUGGGUUUUUGGGACAUCGUGGUUGUUGUGGCGAGAUAUACAGAAACAGUCUUUGGGUUAGGCUGGUGGGUAUAUGGGUAUUCGGCUCAAUUAUAAGGCUGAACUGGAAUGUAAGCGUUGAUUCUGGACUUCUCUGGUUUCUGUUGGAGUGGUUUGGAUGGAGCACGGAGUAUGGUAACAGCCUUUUGAUCUUGAUC